AACGAGCAGCGCUAUUAUCGCUGUUGACCUCCCCACAAUUGACAGUGCGAGUGCGAGUGGGAGAGAGAGGGUCCUGUUCACAGGAUGCGCUUCACUGCGCGCGCGCACCUGUUUUUUUCUUCAGUGUUUCCGAGUGUGUUUGUGUGUGUUUUAGUUGCAGCGGUGUAACGCAACAACAAUGAGAACGACAACGGAUAGCAAAAGAGGAAGAGGAACAACCACUGCAAACAACAACAACAACAAUAAUAACAAGUCGCGCGUAAAAUUUGUUAUUGCCACAGCCAGAAAAGUGAACGCCGAGAAUUGGCCUCGAUGAUUGACGGCAACUAUGCUCAUUGUGGACAUGCUAACAUUGGCUUUAACCAACGGACAGAGCGUGCUAGAGCGAGACCGAGACCGAGACCGAGACAGAGAGAGGGAGCGAGAGCGAGAAAGAGGAAAGAUGACGGCGACAAUGGCAAACAAAGCGCUAAGCAAACAAGCUGAAGAUGCAAAUUGGAAGAGCAACAGCAACAACACCAACAACAGCAACAACAGCAACAACAAUAGAAGCAACAACAUUUAUGAUAUUGCAACAAGUCGAGCGGGCAACAUGCCACACCGUGGAGUAGGCUUCAAUGUUGCACGAGUCACUGGCGACGAUGACGAUGACGUUGGUCAUGUUGCUGCUGCCUGUGUCGAUUUGUCAUGCGAGGCACGCAUUGAUGAUGUUGCUGCUGCCAAUGCUGCCAAUGCUGCCACUGCUGCUGUUGUUGCUGGCGUGCAAUAUAAGGCGCAUUGUGCGUGGCAGCCGUUGCGCAGCGUUGCGAGGGGCGAAGAGGCGUGCCAGUCAGCAACGGCAAUGACAACACGAAUGUUGAGCGACAUGCAAACGACGCAGGCGCGUGCUGAAUACAGCAACGACAGCGACAACGACAACGACAACUACAACAUCAUCGGCAACUCACGAGCGGAAGUUGCCAGCAAUUGUGAGCGCGCGCAAGUCGAGCGUGAGAGCGGGAGCGACAACGCAAACGCAAACCAUGCUGGCCAUGGUCAACAACCACCCAAAGUCACAACAACAACAGCCAGCAAUGGGAGCAACAGCAGCAGCGACUGCGCCUGCUCAAUACCUACAGACGAGGUACCAACAGCAGAAGCAAAAGCAGCAGCAGCUCCAGUGGCAGUGGCAACACUCGGAGUGGCAGCAGUCGUCGCAGCAAGCGCAGCUGAGCACCAGCAGCAGCAGCAGCAGCAGCCCAAGCAGCCAAUUUUCAAUCAAUUUGGCCAGAAAACAAUUGCAAAACAAUUUACAACAAAUUGUGCAAAUUUCAUCUUAACAACUCAAGACAACAACGGUUUAAACGCUGUGCGACAAAAACAACAACAACAACAAUUGCAAAUCGUACAAGAAAACGGGCAGCAACUGAACGUGCAACAACACCAAGAACAACAACAACAGCAACAACAACAACAAUUUGUAAGCCAACAAAAUUUGUAUACAGGCGUCAACAACGACGCCAACGUUGACGUCAACGGCGACAGCGCAGUCGACUGCGCAGCGCGACGUAGAGAAAAAUUUGUGCAAAAAGGCAGUGAAAAUGCGUUAACAGCUCCAGCUCGCGUGCCACAUGAUUUUUUUUCCAAUUCUAAUUUAUGUGCAAAUGUGCAAAGUGACAAAGUAUCAAAAGCAACCGCAACAGCAACAUCAAUUGUAACUGCAGUAAUAGCAACAGCAACAGCAACAGCAACAACAUCUUUAAGUGUCAGCCACGCCAAGGCAACGCAACAAAAUUUAAAACAGCAGCAGCAGCAGGCGCAGGGGGAACAGCAAGGAGAGCAGCAGCAGCAGCAGCAGCAGUUGCCGAGGACGCCAUUGUCAUUGCCAUAUUUGUGGCUUGAAGCAGAAGCAGAAGCAGAAGCAGGAGCAGAAGCAGAAGAGGACGCAGCACAAGGUGGAGCAUGGCACGACCCUCUGAUUGCUGUUGAUAAUGCCGUUGGAGACAUUGUCGUCGUCGAUGCGGAUGCUGUGGUUGCCUUGUCAGUUGAUGUUGAUGUUGCUGGUGCUGACGGUUACGUGGAUAACGUGAGUAACGUGAGUAAAGCCAACAGCAAAGCAGACAACAAAGCCACGUACGUAACGAGUAGUAACAGCAACGAGUUGCAAGUGACGAGUGGCGAGUGCAAGCUUAUAGAUUGCGAAUCACUUGACGCUGAUCAGGAGCAACAAGAGCAGAGCACCAAGGAAUGCGAGGAGCGUGCAACAACAACAACAACAACAACAACAACUACAACAAGCAGAAACGAGUGCAACUCGUCAGUGUUGGCUGUGACAGCAACAAGCUGCAGCGAUUGCGAUCUUAUUGAUUUUGAAAACGAUUUGACUGACGAUUUUGUGGCCAGUCAGCGACUGAAACGCUUACAGCACAAUUUUCAGGGACGCGUCAACAGCAGCAAUAGUAACAACAGCAACAACAACAACAACAGCAACCAUUCUAGCAACGACAACAACAGCUGUAGUGUCACUGCUGAAGUUGAUUGUGUAAAGGCAUCCUUGAGACAACAGCAACAACAACAACUAAAUGCCAGCGCAGCAACAAUAAAGAAACUACCCCCAACUAACACUUGCCCCACUCCAUCAGCAGCAACAACAACCACAACAACAACAACGGCAACAACCCCCCGCGAUAAAGCUGGUCGAAUGGGCUUUUACAAGCAGCAAUUGCCAAAUGAAACCAGCAGCAGCAACCACAACAACAGCAACAACAACAGCACCAUUCAGCAAUUGACAGAGCAAGAGCAAUUGCUGAAUAGGCGACUGUCAAAAAACAGCAGCAGCAGCAGCAGCAAUAACAGCAACAGCAACAGCAGCAGCACUGACAACAGCAGUAACAGCAACAUCAACAGCAGCGACCAGGUACUGAUUGAAAUUGAAACGGAUGGCGAUAGAUUGACGGGCAAACGCAGCGCAUUUGUGGCCACCGAGUUUGGUGACAAGACAAGCAACUCAACAACAUCAUCGUUGUUGUUGUCAUCGUCAGAGCCACACGAUAAUUUUGUGAGCACACUCAGCGAGUUCGAUGUGCAGCGCUUUGGCGAGUAUCUGAAAGCAGCGAGACAACUGCAGCUGCUCGACAUCAAUCACAAUCCAAGCUCCUCAUCGUUGUCGCACACAAUUGUUAAUCCCAUAGAGUCGGCUGCAAGUGUUGUUAGUGGGAAACAGCGACGCGGUUUUCAGUGCUACGACGAAUUGCUCGCUGAAUUCGUUAGCGAGCAGCAAGAAGAGGAGGAGGAAGAAGAGGAAGAGAGCGACACUGUUAGCGAGAGCGAUAGCAACGAUUGCAACGAUUGUCAGUGCCAUGAGUGCCUAGCGUCGUCCGCACAGUUUAUACAACCAACGCCGACGACGACGACGACGACGCCGAGCAACGAGUAUUGCAUUAAUAGUAAUAAUAUAGCGAGUGCACUCGUUACAUCAACAGCAACAGCAGCCACCGUUAAGCCAACAACAACAUCGACAACAGCGAUCAAGAUGCGUGAGGUUAAUGGCCAGCUGCGUGGUCUGCUCAAAAAACCAAAUCGUCCGCCGCCGGCGCGUAAAAAUCGCGUUGUCUUCGACGAGACACGUAACGAGUUCUUCGAGGCGGACUAUAUCAUAUUGAUACGCGAGGAUUGCGCCUACGAUGAGGAGGAUGAGGAGCCCUGCACUUGUGGCGAGCACGAGCUCGUCCGUCUCUGCUGCGAGGAGGGCUGCCAAUGCAACUAUGCGGUGAAUGCCGCCGAUCCAGGCGAUGGCCGAACGCCACAGAGUCCCAAAUAUCAACCGCCGAUUGACUUUGUGGACGAUGCGGCGCUCAGUCCGCCCGAUGGCUACAAGGAUAAUAGCUUAAAGAAUACGCUUGGUGGCGCGCUAAGCGGCCACAUCUUUGGGGCGCAACAUUUGCAGCAGUUGCAGGUGAUACAGCGUCUGCAACAGCAACGUGCCGCAAUGUUGGCCGCACGCAACAGCAAUGGCAACGGCAAUAGUCAACAAAUACCGCCGCCACCGCCGCCCGUUGGCACCGCAGCCCAACAACAACAGCAGCAGCAGCAGCAGCAGCAACAACAACAGCAGCAACAGCAACAACAUCAUGGAGCAGCGACACAGCAUCAUGGAGCAGGGCAACAGCAACAGCAGGCGGAUGAGGACUUGCAGGGCGUGUGCACCGAGUGCGCGGAGUGCGCCGAAUGUGCAGCCAAACAGCUGCAGGAUGCAGAAUGCAGCUCCGCGCAGUGUGGCGAGGAGUUGACGCCGAUCGGCGUCCCAGCCGUGGCGCUGUUGCCACUGCACACAAGUUCACCGGAGCGUCGGAUUACGCAGAAGGAGAUCAUUGCCGGGGAGGAGAGGCCGAAAUAUGUGCUGCAAUCGCAAUACAACAAGCCAACAGCGGGUGCUGCAGUCAAAGUUAGAAAGGAUUCGGGCAACAACCACACAAGUAGCAGUAGCAGUAGCAGGCCCAACGCCAGCGCUGGCAUUGGCAUUGGCGGUUCCAUUAGCGCAACUGGCGGCUAUGGCAACUCCUUGCUGCCGGCCGUGGCCAAGAAAAAACGAUUUGUUGUUGAAACUAUUACCACUAUGACCACAGUGACCGAGCGACGCAUUAUACGCGAGGCGCACGAGGAUGUCGCUGCCAACCAAGCCAACCAAGGUGGAGCGAACACUGGAGCCGCAGUUGCCACACCCGGAGCUGGAGCUGGAGCUGGAACUGGUGCCGAGAUGUUGCCGCCAGCGUUGCCAGCCAAGGCAAGCGCAACAGCAGCUGUUGCAGCCGCUGCCGCCGCUGCAGCCGCCGCCGCAGCAGCAGCAGGAAAUGCAACGGAUCAAUAUGAUGAGCUGAAACCGCCGCCCAUACCACCCAAGGAGACGACGACCACACAGAUCAGCGGCAUACUCAAAGGCGGCAAACUGUGGAAGCAGGACUCCAUCUCGCAACAAUCGGAUGACCAGAACAACACCACCUCCGAGGAUGAGAGUGGUGCUACCAAGCGUUCUGUGCGUUUCGUAACCGAGGAUCAGGCCAAUGCCGGCACCGAUGGCGACGGUCAAUCGUUGUCUGGCGAUCUAGACGACAGCGAGAAUCAGAUCAACGAGCUCAUACCGAUCAAGAAGCAUUCGACGCUGUUCAACAAUGCGUUGCGUCCAAAUUCGGCUGUGCGCCAACUGUUCCCCAGCGUGUCGGCCCAACAGGCGCCGGUGUUGACCUCGGAGGCACUGCGCGCCUUCGACGAGUCGAAGCGUGCCGGCUGCCUGGUCACCCAUUUGCCCGGCAGCUGCGGUGACUCGGACACCUUGCGCCGCAGCAUGGAACGCAACAUACUGCGACGUUCCCUGAUCAAGAAAAAGGCCGUCAAGUCGGACAUCUCGCUGGAGGAGCGGAUUAAGCAGCUCACCUGCGACAUUGACGAGGAUCUGGCCGAGGAGUUAUCGCUGGCUCGCAGCGUUGUCGAGCACGAGCAACAGGUGGAUCAGGAUCAGGGCAGCGAACGCGAGUGCAGCGAGCUGGCGCAACGCGACAGUCCCGCCGGCGAGGAGAAUCCCAAUGCGUUGGCGCCCAAGUUCUUGAACGGUGAGAAGAGCUUCUCGCCGAGCAGCUCAGUGUCCAGCUCGUCGAGCGGUUCGUCCGCCUACAAGAAAAUCGCCGACAUUUUCAGUCGCGACAAGAAACAGGAGAAGAUCAUGGAGCUUGAGGAGAAUCCCAUAGUCAUUAUACCGCAGGAGUGCCGCUGUCCCGCCGCACCGGAUCUGGGCAUGGGCAUCCAGGUGCCCGUUGUGCACACGCAAAUCCAUCGCACGCCGCCCCGUCAAACGGAACCGAAGCGUCAGUUCCUCUCCACGCUGGCGCCGCUCACCGCCUGCGUUGCCGGCAACAAGGACGAUCUCUCCUCGUACUACACGUUGGCUGCGGCAGCGGCGGCCCAUCAGCAUGGUCACGCCCACCACGCCCAUUAUGCCGCUGCAGCGGCUGCGGCCGACUUCAAUAUGAGUCAACUGCUGGGCGCAGCAGCAGCCGGAGCGGGAGGCGAUGCUGCCGCACAGCAGGCAGCCGCUGUGGCCGCGAUGGCAGCUCAGGGCUUGGCGCUGGGUGGUGGCAACGGAGCCGGCGGCUCAGGUGGUGUUGGUGGCGGGGAUGAGGCGCGUAAGGUGGCGCCCGAUGUGAUUGCCGGGACACCGGGACAGGAGACGUCGCAGCAGGAUGAGUUGGCGGCAUUUGCGCAGGCGGAAGCAAAGCGCACCGAGCAGCUAAAGAAACGCUACACGGGAAUGGAGAGUGGCGGUCAGUCGCAGUCGCAAUCGCAGGCGAGCAGCGACGAUGAUGAGCAGAACGAUUAUGGGUUCAACAAGCGGCCGUCGGUGCGCGGCAUUAAGCCGAAGUUUAGCUCAACGAACGAGAUACUCGCCCAGAUGCAGGAACAGUUGACGCAACAGAUACCGACGACGGUGAUCAGCAGUCAACCGGUGCCGCAAGCAGUCAAGGGUUAUGCGAUGCCCAAUCAGCCGAAGCAACUCUCGCAGAAUCCCUCGCCACAGAACGUGCCACAGCAACAGCAGCAGCAGCAGCAGCAACAACAACAACAACAGCAGCAACAGCAGCAGCAGCAGCAACAAUUGCAACAGCAGCAGCAGGCGCAGGUGCAGUUGCAACAACAGAUGGCAGCCGCAGCGGCAGCGUUGCAGGCGAACACGAUUGCCCAGCAAAAGACGGAGCAACGCACCUGGAGCUUCUACAGCGAGAGCGGCGAGCAGCAACGCUUCCCCGUCGAUGCGGCAGCCAUACAGCAGACCUACUAUCAAACAUUGCCCGCCGGUGCCAUGUUCCGUCAGACGAUGAUCCAGCAGCAGGGCGGAGCGCCCGAUGAUGCCUCAUCGCUGCUGUAUGCCGCCGCCCAGAAUUGCCAGAGCGUCACGGCAACAGCCACCGCCACGGCCACCGUGGAUGGCCGCAUCGAGCAGAGCAAGCACAGCAGCUACAGCAGCCACUUUGCACGCAGCCCCACCCGACGACCGGAAUCGCCGCCGCCGUUGCGCAACUAUCACCAGACGAUGGUCCUGAUACCCUACAAUGCGGAGACGUACUCACAGUUUGCCACCAGCAGCAGCGUCGAUCCCAAGCUGGCCCACAUCCAGCGGCAGAAUAUACUCGAGUAUCAACAGGUGACACAGCAAACGAUACGUGUGCCCAUUGGCUAUGCGCUGCCUGGCAUGCAACUGCAUGUGGUCAGUGGGCGUGGCCAUGCCGCCCAUUACGCACAACACCCGCACACGGCAGCCCAACAGCAGCAACACCAACAACAGCAGCAGCAGCAGCAACAACAGCAGCAACAACAGCAGCAACAACGUCUGAUGCAGCAACACUAUCAGUUUGGAGCCGAGGGAGGAAUGCCGGGCUUCAGUGAGCGGGGCGUGCCCGAGGGAGCAGCCGCUGUAUCGCACAGCGAUUGCAAUGCCAUGGUCUCACCCACAACAGCAGCAGCAGCCGCCGCUGCCGUGCAACAGCAGCAGCAGCAGCAACAACAGCAGCAACAACAACAGCAGCAACAGCAGCAGCAACAACAACAACAGGUGGCAGGAGGAGCUGCCGCUGGGGCAGCUCAGGGAUCGGUGUAUUAUGCGAUGAACGUAUGACCCGGGCUUGAAUAGUCGCUGCCAGCGGCGUUGAUUGUCGAGCGCCGCCAGUGUCAACGCGUCGAGUUGUCAGCGACUUCAGUGCAUUUGGGUGGCGCCGCCGGUGGCGGCAGAUGAGCUAACAACAGCACGCUUAUUGCCAGCCACGCCCACCACAACAGCCCUCAACAACAGCCUCAUUCCCCUCUCCGCAAAUUGAGUUAACAAAGCUGUCAUUGUGUCGUUGAGUUUUGCUCCGCGUUGAUCCUAGCGAACCUGCGCUUUCUUUCUUUUCCAUCCCUCCUCCAGCCUCGCUCCUCCCCUCUCCCGUCCCAUAGUGUCGCAAUCUCUGUUAUUUUCCUGUGUAUGUGUAGGUCUGAAGGUGUAUCUACGCCUCAUCGGUGUGUGUGUGUGUGUGUGUGUGUAUGUGUCUGUGAAUUUCGAAAAUUGAAUAUUGUAUGUUGUUGCGCCAACCCUGUUCCUUGCCCAGCCCUGGAUCUGGACACUGUGCAACAGUGCAACGCACGUAAAGUGAAACGAAACGAAAAACCACAAAACACUAUUAAAAUUAAACAUUUAACAAUUCUCUUUAAUACAACAAAUAUAUACAUACUAACGAAAUUAAGCAUAUACAUACAUAUGCAUAUAUGAUAAAUUAUGAGAGGCAAGCAGGUUAAAGAAGAACCAGAAGAAGAAGGAGACGAGAGGAAAAUCGAUUUCAAUUUCGAAUUGAGUUGAGUUUUCCAAAGUUACGUUUUCGAAUCUCGAAUUUCGCAUCAACCAAAAUAGUAAACCAAAUUAAUUAAGUAUAUGAAUUUAUUUAUUACAUGCUGGGUGCUACAAAUGCAACAAAAACAAAAUCGAAAAGAUACUGAAAAUGUUGAAAUUAUAAUUUCUUUUUUUCAAAUACCCUGUACUUUAGAAUUGAGAAGUCACAAACUUUCGUCUGUCUGUUUAGCAACUAAAUUUAAACAAAGUUCUUUAAUGAAUUUUUUCAAAAAUCAUUGAAAAGGGAAAUCCUUCAAUUUCGAGCACAGGGUAGCUGUUAGUCGUUCAUAUUGCGACUAGAUUGAUCUUCAUUUUUUUUUAGUCUAUGAUUUAGCCGCUUAGUUGUUUCGCUUUGAUUGAAAAGAAAACAAAAAUAAAAACGUGUUUGCUCAAUGAAAAUUGCAUUUGAUUUUAAGUGAAAAUAUACAUAAAUUAAAUUUAAUUAAAUUAUAAAUAUAUAUAAAUUAUAUUAUACAUACACUCAUAUUUAAAUUAUCAUACUAUAUAUAUAUAUAUUUAUUAUAUGUAUGUAUAUGUAGUGCAAUUUGUUGCUACAGUGAAACUUUCUUUCACAUCCAUUUCUCGACUCGAAACUAGAACAAAAAAUCAAAACCAAAAACCACAAAAAAAAAAACACAAUCUUAACACAUAAAACACACACAAACAACAAAAUAUAUAUAUACAUAUAUAUUGAAUUUGUCUUUUUUUUAAAUCUCAAGGUAGUAAAUAUCAUAUAUGAAGGAACUUAAUUAAUAGAGCUAUUCUUAAGCAAAUUAUUACUAUUAUUAUUUAUGUCUAUACACUUGAUCCAAAUACUUUUUUUGUUGUAUUAAAUAUAUUAUAUAUAUAAAUAUGUGAAUUUAUUUUGAUUUAUUAUAAAUAAUAUGCAAUAUAUGGUUUUUAUGCCCAUUGCAAUGGGCGCGAACUCCACAAAGUAGGCAACAAAUAAAUGUGAGCUGAACUGGAAAUGGGAACAACCCAAUUGCAAGGGUAUUUAAGCUUCGGCUAUGCCGAUUAGAGUGCUUCCCCCCUCUCCACCACUAUUUUGAUUUUCUUAACGAUACAGUUUUAAUUGAUAGAACUUUCAUUCGCUACAUUUAUAAUAUGCGCACGUAUUUAUUUGGUGAUUUGGGGUUUUCUGGAAUGUCCCCCAUACGAACCCCGAUGAGUCCCAUUGUACGAUUGCGUAUUUAUUUUGUGAGCUGCAGUUUGUUUGGGUUUCAUGAGAGAGAAUACAUGCCUACGUACUCAUUUGUAUGUGUGUGCGUAGGAUCUAUGUAUACGAAUCUAUUGUAUCAUUCUUAAAUAACAAAAAUCAUCUACUUCUAAGUAACAGUGCCAAAGUUGCACCAAAACAAAACAAAACCAAAAACAAAAAACAACAACAACUUGUUAGAAACUUGAACUUGAAACAGGUAACAAAUAGGAAAGAAAACGAUAUAAUGCAAAAAUAUAUAAAAAGAGAAAUCCAAUACUUUUUAAGAGUAUAUACAAUACAAUUUAACUGGGGCUGUUUCGAAGCAGCUCCGUUUUGGCAAAGGAAACGAACGAAUAUAAAGCAAAUAUUAUUUUUAACACUCCACUUGCGUUCAUGUCUAUAAUAAACAUUCAACCAAAAAUAUAAGAGAAAAAAUGAAAACAUUAUAUAGUAUAUAUAUAUAUAAAUAUAAAUUACAUUUAAAAUGCAAUAAAAAAGAAAUAAAUAGAUGAAGCAGAUUAAGAAGAAACAAAGACAACGCAUAGCAAGUGAAGCCAGAGCGAGAGUUAGUUAGUGCUACAGUACAGUUAGUUCGAUACAGUUAGUUAUAUACAUAUACUUAUACAUAAACAUAUACAUAGAAGAGGCCCAGGCGCAAAACGAACUUAGUCGUAUACAUAUAUUAUAUAUACCAUACACAACCAAUAUAUACCGAAACUAUAUAGUAUACACAACAAAGUGUAGUUUUAAAAAAAAACCAUAGCGCACUUUUAGGCGCCACAUUAAAAUAGAAAGACGUGAACAAAAAAAUCGAACGAACACUUUACCCGAACAAUUUCCGAGACAAAAACCUAAAUUCAAGAAUUGAUAAAGCAGCGCGAUUUGCAUAUUUAAUAAUAAUUAAAUAUAUAUAUAUAUAUAUUCCAGUAUAUAUAUAUACAUGUAUAUGAUAUACAUAUAUAUAUAUUAGAUGUUUAUGUAAUACAUAAAGAAAACACAAAAAAAAACAGCUAAAGUAACGCAAAGAAUUUCACAGAAAAAUGCAAAAGAAAAUUAUGAAUGGUAUUUUUUGCGACUUUUUCUGUUCGAAUUGUCUGGGUUGAGAAUAUCAGCUAUAACUAAUUUUUUUCUAUGCAAAAUGUAGUUGACAAAUUAUAUAAAACAAAAAAAAAAAAAAACAACAAAAAAAGCAGAUAUACAUAUAUAUAUAUAUAUAUAUAUAUACACUAAUCUAUUGAAUGGUUAAAAAAUUUUGAUUUUUUUUUUGUGGCAUGCAACAACAGACACAAUGUGAAAAAUGUGUAUUCAUUAAUUAAAUAAGAAAGAAUAUGAAAAAAAAAAGAAAACAAACCAAAUAUAUAUAAA